UGGUCGUAUUACAAUUUAUAUUCGGCGUACUCUUUGUCGUGGCAUUUUCCGGCCAAGUUAUCUCAGACUUUUGCACUACAUACGAUAAUAAAUUGGGUUUUUGUAUUAAUGCAAAAGAAUGCCCAAUCACACUUAAGAUUCUAAAAAAAAAACCUCCUUCGGCGGAAGAAAGAGAAUUAUAUAUGAGAAUGUUAUGCCGCCCGGCAAGUCGAAAGUAUGUAUGCUGCGAAGUUGAAUUUGAGGAUCUAUACCAACAAAAUAGACCUGAUCAGUGUGGAAACUUCGGGACGGAUAAAUCUGUUAACGGCCGAGCCGUUAAAGAACACUCGAGACCCUGGUUAGCAUUGCUUAUGCAAAACUCUUCAAAGGGCAUCGAGUUUGGUUGUGGCGGCUCACUCAUUACCAAGAGAUUUGUGCUGACGGCUGCUCAUUGUGUUGUUGAUAGGACUCCGAUUCAGGUGCGUUUAGGAAUGCAUGAUUUAUUUAACAAUACUUGCGACAACAAUGUUAUGGCCAAUUGUCCAGAAAACUUUGGAAUACAGCAAAUCAUACCCCACGAACAUUAUAGUGCUACUCGUCGCAUAAAUGAUAUAGCUUUAUUAAAGCUAUCUACGGAUGUCCAAUUCAAGUUUCACAUUAAUGUCAUCUGUUUGCCCACUUCACAUGAACUAAUGCAAAGUGCAGAAAAUCGAUCAUAUUAUAAAGCAGCUGGUUGGGGCUUAACUGAGUAUGGCAAUUAUUCCAAUGUUCCAGUAGAGACCAUGGUAACUCGCAGAAAUUGCGAAUUGAAUUCAAUAAAUGACAACACGAAGAUUUGUGCCGGCGGCCAUAUAAAUGAUACUUGUAAUGGUGAUUCAGGUAGUCCUCUUAUGAUGCCAGCGAUUUACUAUAAAGCACAGCGUUUUGUACAGUUCGGAAUCGUUAGUUAUGGAGCAAAUCUAUGCGCAUCAGGCACACCAGCAACUUAUACAAAUAUUGUUGCAUUUUUACCAUGGAUCAGUGAUACAAUUAAGAAGUUCAAUAAUUCAACUGCACAAUGAAUGAAAGUCCAAUAGUUUGGCAUGAAGUAACAUAAAUGUUUUUAUAUGUACAAUUUUUCGAACAGUAUGUUUUGUAUGUUUUCGAAAACUCUUUGUUUAAUUUUAAUAAUAAGCAAAGAUGUUUGACUCAUUUUUACUUAA